AUGCUGUGCACCCUCGCCCUGCUCCUCGCCUUUGAUGCGGAGCCGCAUGACGCGGAGCAGCCCGCCUUUGAGCAGCACACCGUCGACCCGCAUGGAGAGGCGAUCACGACGAACACGGCUCCUCGCGCGGUCUUCAUCCUCGUCGGCAGCCUGACGGACAGCCUGGACAGCACCUCGCCGGGAGCAUGCACGGCCGGCGGAGACGACGUCGCGGCUGCCGAUCCCGCCGCCGCCGCCGGCUGCACGCUGCGGGCGGCGAUGCAGCUGGCGAAUCGCUAUGGCAAGGCGACGGCGGUGACCAUCCGUGUGCGGAGCGGCCGCAUCGCGGUGGCGGGCCCGCUGCCGACCCUCGAAGGCACCGUGCAGAUGUCAAGCGGCCCGACGGGCCCCAUCGGAACGGUGCUGGACGGCGGGAAGCGGGACGGUGCUGGAGUCCAGAUCCUCCGCACCGGCAGCGGCUCCGCCGUCGCCCUGCACACGCUGCGGUUUGAGAACGGCCGGGCGAUGGGCAGUAGUGACGAUGGCUGGGGCGAGCACGGGGGCGCCAUCCACGCGCGCGGCACGCUCGUGCUGACCAACUGCGCGAUCCGCAACUGCGAGGCGUUCAACGGCGGCGGGGUCUACGCCGAAGGCGACGAGCCACUGCUGAGCAUCUGUACAUAA